GGAGCAGAUCAAAAGUUCAUAAUUAAGCGUUAGAUCUUUACAGUUAAAAUUUCCCAAAAACACUUCAAUUGUUAUAACAGCACAAGAGGAUCAGAUACCAUUUUUCAGAAUGCGGCUGGAACCAUUCACAAAAGGGAUUUUUAUUGCUAUUUUCUUAAACUUAUGUGGUGUUACUGUCAUUUCAUCAACGAUUUAUCCAACUCCGACGAUUUCCUACGGGUACUCGUCAACAAUUGCAGUGAAUUCUUCUACACCUUCGAGCUUUUAUCAGAGGGGCAUCAACAUCUGUUCUAAUUCAACAAUCAACUCAACGACAGGAUCUAUCGUAUCUCCAAACUAUCCGAAUGGCUUUGGAAGCAGGACCUGUAUCUUAACAAUCAGGCAACCCUUAAACUUCGCAGUGAAGUUCAAUGUUUCGUAUAUAAAUUUAAAACAUAUAAAAAAUGGUAACCAAAUAAUAUGUUUGGAUUCCAUUACUAUAUCUGGUGGAACAUCAAAACAAUUCUGUGGCAACGAGACCUCUUUAACAUUUACACCAUAUACCAAUGUUGUAACAUUGACAUUCAGAUCAAGUGGAACGGCACCUAUGGAAGGAUUUAAUCUUACAUUUGCAAGUUUCUAUCGAACGGAUUUACCUUCUGCAACAAGUGUUUGCUCGAAUAAAAUGAUAUACACUUCUGCUGGUCGAAUUUACUCACCUGGAUUUCCUAAUGCCUACAGUAACAAUCUAAGAUGUAGUGUUACAAUUGUUGUUCCUUUUGAUAAAGCACUGGAAUUCGUCAUCAAUUAUUAUGAUAUUGAAUUACAUCCCACAUGUGUAUGGGAUAAAUUGUCAUUGUCAAAUGGUGCCACAUCAAAGGUCAUUUGCGGUCACUCGCCAAUCAACGGUCGGCCACAGAAAUUUAACGAUGGGAAUGUUGUCAUAAGUUUUACGUCUGACGUCAUUAUUACUCGUCCUGGAUUUUUGCUGACUUUUCGUAGUAUUCCUUUAAUACGAUCGUCUAUUAACUGCAUUUUUGAUGAUGGUUUUUGCAACCAGACAAAGACAGAUAAUUGGGUAAGAACUAAUGGGGCAUCAGGAAUUAAUCGUCCCACCUUCGAUCAUACAGCUGGCACUUCAACAGGUUACUUUAUUUUGCUACAAACAAACUAUAACGAAAGAAUUCAGUCUGGAAGCAUCACUUUCAAUUUGACUGCAAAUGUAACAAAGUCAUGCUUAAGUUUUUGGUAUCAAAGCUCUGGCAAUACGAGUGCUCCAAAUACUAUUGGCGUUUAUUUGAUCUCAAAUGAAAGAGUCAUGCUCAUGUGGAAUGAUACGCUAAAGCAUGAUUUGUUCUGGAACAAAGCUCAGUCAACUGUUAAUCUUACUCAUGGAAAUUAUACAAUAGUCUUAAAAGUACUCGUCGAGUCAUACCCAGGUUAUGUUGCCUUAGAUGAUAUUUCAGUUGUUCUUGGAGAAUGUGUCAAACAAGGUAUUUCUUCUCAAAUGAGCUCCUGUGGCAAGCGCAAGGUACUCCCUGGAUCUCAGUCUCCACAGUCUCUCAUUGUAGGAGGAACAGAAGCUACACCAAACUCUUGGCCAUGGAUAGUUAGUUUGACUCGAAGAGGCUCUAUUCAUUGUGCAGGAUCAAUUAUUAACAAAUAUUGGAUUUUGACAGCAGCUCAUUGUCUUGUACAGUCAACAAUACCUGCAACUUUUUUCACAGGAAUUACAAUAAAUGUUGCAGAUCAUAGAACAGAUACAACCAGUGUUUAUGAAUACUCUUUGACGUCAGUGGCCAUGUAUAUUCAUCCUAAAUAUUAUGUAAACGGACCUGUAUAUUUUGCGGACUAUGACGUUGCUUUGAUGAAACUCCCGACACCUUUGAACUUUACCGAACGUGUGCAGCCUGUCUGUCUUCCAAGUCAAGAUGAUAUUUUUAACGGAAAUGAUACAUGUUUUGUGAUUGGCUGGGGACGUACUGCAUCUGGCUUCACUUCUCCAUAUUUACAACAGGUGAAACUUGAUGUUAUUAGUCUUCAAGAAUGCAAUAGUUUUAGCUUUUUUAACGGGAGAGUCUCACCAAGAUCAGUCUGUGGUGGUCGUAGAUCAGGUGGAGUCAGUGCUUGUAAUGGUGAUAGUGGUGGUCCCUAUCAAUGUAAACGCAAUAAUACUUGGAUACAAUUAGGGAUAGUCUCUUGGGGACGCUCUUGUGUGCAAGCUAGAUAUUACAGCGUGUUUAUGGAUGUCAGAAAAUUCUUGCAGCCAUUUAUUGAAACAAUUCAAAGAGGUCAGAACACUAAUCUAACCAUGUACUACUCAAGAGCAAUUGGAGUUGUGUUUCAAAACUUAUCAGAACUAUAUUCCUCGAAUCUUUCGGUUAUUUUAACGAGUAAUGGAGAAUUUUCUGAUAUCGAUAUGGUUGGAUAUUUCCAAGCACUUCCUUAUCAGAUUGAGCUUGUGAAGCAAACAACCUUAAUUGAUCUUAUUACGGUUUCUGGACAGCAAAAUUUAACUUCAAAUACGACGACAAUACAACAUAUUGCUUCUGUUCUUGUCCGGUAUAUAAGUAGCCUGUAUGCUGAUUUUAGAUCUGGAAGAUCGGGCAGACGUACUUUUGCACCAGAUUCAAAUAGUAUGAUUGGGGAAAAUGGUAGUUGCUCCUUUGAAACUGGCAUUGACAAUUCCAGAUGCACAUGGAAGAAUGUUAUAUAUCCACUUGACAACUUUGAUUGGACAAUCCAUUCAGGCUCAACAUCAAGUCUGAGCACUGGACCUAGCUCAGACAGAAGAGGAUCGAUUACUGGAAAAUACAUUUACAUUGAAACAUCAAGUCCCCGUGUGCUGGGUGAUAAAGCAUGGUUGGUUAGCAACUACUUUAAUACAACAACCAAAUGUUUUACAUUUUGGUAUCAUAUGUAUGGAUCAACAAUUGGUUCUCUUAAUAUAUACCAACAAUAUAUGGGAGGUAGAUUAAAGCUGUUGUGGACAUUAAGUGGCAAUAGAGGAAAUCAAUGGAACAGAGCUCAAGUUACAACAAACUUUACAGAAGCAAAAACGAGGAUCAUCGUUGAAGGUGUUUGUGGCUCCAGCUUUACGGGUGAUAUUGCUCUAGAUGAUUUUGUUUUUCUUAAUGGUUCAUGUGAUAUCCAUCCCACCUAUGCUGAACCACGUUUUAUCAAUACUACAUCAACCAUUUCCCCAACUCCGACAACCUCGUACGCCACACCUACCUCAACAACCACGAUUGGUGCAAAUGUGCCGGGAAUCAACAUCUGUUCUGCUGCAUCAAUCAGUUUAACCUCUGCGACUAUUGUGUCUCCAAACUAUCCCAAUGGCUCAGGAAAUAGGACCUGUACUUUGACAAUAAGGCAGCCCCUUAACAUUGCAGUGAGGUUCAAUAUCUCAAUUAUUAACUUGGAACGUAUACAAAAUGGCAGAAGAGUUAUAUGUUUGGAUUCCCUCACAAUAUCUGGUGGAACAUCUAAACAAUUCUGUGGCAACGAAACCUCUUUAACAUUUACACCAUAUACCAAUGUUGUAUUAUUGACAUUCAGAUCAAAUGGAACGGCACCUAUGGAAGGAUUUAAUCUUACAUUUACAACUUUCUAUCGAACGGAUUUACCUUCUGCAACAAAUGUUUGCUCGAAUAAAAUGAUAUACACUUCAGCUGGUCGAAUUUACUCACCUGGAUUUCCUAAUGCCUACAGUAACAAUCUAAGAUGUAGUGUCACAAUUGUUGUUCCUUUUGAAAAAGCACUGGAAAUCGUCAUCAAUUAUUAUGAUAUUGAAUUACAUUCCACAUGUGUAUGGGAUAAAUUGUCAUUGUCAAAUGGUGCCACAUCAAACGACAUUUGCGGUCUCUCGCGAAUCAACGGUCGGCCACAGAAGUUUAAAGAUGGGAAUGUUGUCAUAAGUUUUACAACUGACUCCAGUGUUACUCGUACUGGAUUUUUGCUGACUUUUCGUAUUAUUCCUUUAAUACGAUCGUCUAUUAACUGCAUUUUUGAUGAUGGUUUUUGCAACCAGACAAAGACAGAUAAUUGGGUAAGAACUAAUGGAGCAUCAGGAAUUAAUCGUCCCACCUUCGAUCAUACAACUGGCACUGCAACAGGUUACUAUAUUUUGCUACAAACAAACUAUAACGAAAGAAUUCAGUCUGGAAGUAUCACUUUCAAUUUGACUGCAAAUGUAAGAAAGUCAUGCUUAAGUUUUUGGUAUCAAAGCUCUGGCAAUACGAGUGCUCCAAAUACUAUUGGCGUUUAUUUGAUCUCAAAUGAAAGAGUCAUGCUCAUGUGGAAUGAUACGCUAAAGCAUGAUUUAUUUUGGAACAAAGCUCAGUCAAUUGUUAAUCUUACUCAUGGAAAUUAUACAAUAGUCUUAAAAGUACUCGUCGAGUCAUACCCAGGUUAUGUUGCCUUAGAUGAUAUUUCAGUUGUUCUUGGAGAAUGUGUCAAACAAGGUAUUUCUUCUCAAAUGAGCUCCUGUGGCAAGCGCAAGGUACUCCCUGGAUCUCAGUCUCCACAGUCUCUCAUUGUAGGAGGAACAGAGGCUAGACCAAACUCUUGGCCAUGGAUAGUUAGUUUGACUCGAGGAGGCUCUAUUCAUUGUGCAGGAUCAAUUAUUGACAAAUAUUGGAUUUUGACAGCAGCUCAUUGUCUUGUACAGUCAACAAUACCUGCAACUUUUUUCACCGGAAUUACAAUAAAUGUUGCAGAUCAUAGAACAGAUACAACCAGUGUUUAUGAAUACUCUUUGACGUCAGUGGCCAUGUAUAUUCAUCCUAACUAUUACGUAAACGGACCUGUAUAUUUUGCGGACUAUGACGUUGCUUUGAUGAAACUCCCGACACCUUUGAACUUUACCGAACGUGUGCAGCCUGUCUGUCUUCCAAGUCAAGAUGAUAUUUUUAACGGAAAUGAUACAUGUUUUGUGAUUGGCUGGGGACGUACUGCAUCUGGCUUCACUUCUCCAUAUUUACAACAGGUGAAACUUGAUGUUAUUAGUCUUCAAGAAUGCAAUAGUUUUAGCUUUUUUAACGGGAGAGUCUCACCAAGGUCAGUCUGUGGUGGUCGUAGAUCAGGUGGAGUCAGUGCUUGUAAUGGUGAUAGUGGUGGUCCCUAUCAAUGUAAACGCAAUAAUACUUGGAUACAAUUAGGGAUAGUCUCUUGGGGACGCUCUUGUGUGCAAGCUAGAUAUUACAGCGUGUUUAUGGAUGUCAGAAAAUUCUUGGAGCCAUUUAUUGAAACAAUUCAAAGAGGUCAGAACACUAAUGUAACCAUGUACUACUCAAGAGCAAUUGGAGUUGUGUUUCAAAACUUAUCAGAACUAUAUUCCUCGAAUCUUUCGGUUAUUUUAACGAAUAAUGGAGAAUUUUCUGAUAUCGAUAUGGUUGGAUAUUUUCGAGCACUUCCUUAUCAGAUUGAGCUUGUGAAGCAAACAACCUUAAUUGAUCUUAUUACUGUUUCCGGACAGCAAAAUUUAACUUCAAAUACGACGACAAUACAACAUAUUGCUUCUGUUCUUGUCCGGUAUAUAAGUAACCUGUAUGCUGAUUUCAAAUGUGGAAGAUCGGGCAGACGUACUUUUACACCUGAUUCCAAUAGUACGAUUGAUGGAGCUGGUAGUUGUUCCUUUGAAAAUGGCAUUAACAAUUCCAGAUGCACAUGGAAGAAUGUUAAUUAUCCACUUGACAACUUUGAUUGGACCAUCCAUUCAGGCUCAACACUAAGUUCGAGCACUGGACCUAACUCAGACAGAAGAGGAUCGAUUUGUGGAAAAUACAUUUACAUUGAAACAUCAAGUCCCCGUGUGCUGGGUGAUAAAGCAUGGUUGGUUAGCAACUACUUUAAUACAACAACCAAAUGUUUUACAUUUUGGUAUCAUAUGUAUGGAUCAACAAUUGGUUCUCUUAAUAUAUACCAACAAAAUAUGGGAGGUAGACUAAAGCUGUUGUGGACAUUAAGUGGCAAUCGAGGAAAUCAAUGGAACAGAGCUCAAAUUACAACCAACUUUACCGAAGCAAAAACAAGGAUCAUCGUUGAAGGUGUUCGUGGCUCUAGCUUUACGGGUGAUAUUGCUCUAGAUGAUUUUGUGUUUUUUAAUGGUUCUUGUGAUAUCCAUCCCACGUAUGCUGAACCACGCUUUAUUAAUACUACAGCAACCAUUUUCCCAACUCCCACGAUUUCUUAUGCCACACCUACCUCAACAACCACAAUUGGUGCAAAUGGACCGAUUUUAUUUGACGAUUGUGUCGAAGCUCAUGAAAAAUCUUGUUCAAGCGAUGAAAAAAAAUAUUAUCUGAAAUCACGAAACGAUUUGGGUUAUGCUGAAACGGAAUGUCAUAUAGGUGGUAGCCUAAACCUUGGAUGUACUGGUAUCGGAUGGACAUUUCUUGGAAACAUAAGUGGAAGCUCCUCAUCAAGCUCAACAAACUACGAAUCGAGAAUUUGGCAGUCAAAAGAAGACGAACAAACAAACUUUAAUUCUCAAUUUUGGAGUGCCAGUGUCUCCACUAUUUGUCUGCAGACAUAUUACGGCUUUAUGCAAAUUUCAGUUUCAGCACCAUCUGCUCGUAGUUUAUUUUUCGGUCAAAAACUCUUGAAUAUUUCAGCAUCAUAUUUUUUAAAUUCUUUUACAAAACUAUGGAUUCACACACAGCUGCCAAAUUUUUCAUCGGGAUGUUACGAAAGUGGAUUCAACAUUGGAGAUGUAAAUUUCAUUCAGGCUCGUUUUGGUAUUGUUUCUGUUAACAGACCAGGAUGUAAUAAUACUGUUGCUCAAGCCAUUGGUGUAGGAAUAAAAAUACCUGGGAGGAAGAAUAUCAGUGUUAACGGUGUGGUUACCAAUGUAAUGUCACUUAAUUUUGCUUCCUACCUAGACUUUAGCUUUUAUGUUCGUUCCCGUCCUCCUAGAACUUAGUUUUUAAUUCUUAGUUUUAAUCUGCUAUUAUGCCGCCUGCACUUACUUAUGUGAUUCCAAUAUAGCUAAUUUAGUCUAUUGCCUAUGAUAAAUUUUUUGUAAGUUAGAUUUAUAAGCACAACACCACUUGUUCAUUUUAAAAUAUGUUAGACUUAUUAUCUACAACAAAAUCCACUAAAGUAAAAAAAAGAACUGAAAUGAAGCGUAUCGUAGUAAAUGAAUAUUGUUCUAGCUAAUUUAGAAAUAAUAUAAUAUGAUGGAUCUACGUAAAAAUAAUGGUUAUGCCUUAAUAAACAUAGUCAUCACAAAUAA